UGAUGAGGGCAGCCGCGCGCUCGUUUCCCGGGCUGCGGCUAGCCUGGCGUCCGGGGCCAGCGACUGCCAGGGAUUGGGGUGGAAGAGCCCGGACUACGGGAGGAGCAGAGCACGCCUCAGUUACAUGUCUGGAGUAUUUGUGGAGAAGGAUGGGUCCCCUUCGUGGAUCUAGACUUUCUCAACUGCGGACUAUAAAGAUUAACUAGGUCGAAAAUGGAGAAUCAAGAACCAACAGAUUCUUCUCAAAAUACCAAACAGCGUGUUAUUUCAGAGGAGUUAAUUUCAGAAGGAAAAUGGGUCAAGCUUGAAAAAACAACUUACAUGGAUCCUACUGGUAAAACUAGAACUUGGGAAACAGUGAAACGUACAACCAGGAAGGGGCAGUCUGCUGAUGGCGUAGCAGUUAUCCCAGUGCUGCAAAGGACUCUUCAUUAUGAGUGCAUCGUUCUGGUAAAACAGUUCCGACCACCAGUGGGCGGCUACUGCCUGGAGUUCCCUGCAGGUCUCAUUGAUGACAAUGAGAGCCCAGAAGCAGCUGCGCUUCGGGAGCUGGAGGAAGAAACUGGCUAUAAAGGCGAUGUUGCUGAAUGUUCCCCAGUUGUAUGUAUGGACCCAGGUUUGUCAAACUGUACCACACAUAUUGUGACAGUGACAAUCAAUGGAGAUGAUGCAGAAAAUGUAAGACCUAAGCCAAAGCCAGGGGAUGGAGAAUUUGUGGAAGUAAUUUCUUUACCAAAGAAUGACCUGCUGAAUAGACUUGAUGCUCUGGUAGCUGAAGAACAUCUUACAGUGGAUGCCAGAGUCUACUCCUAUGCACUCGCGCUGAAACAUGCAACCACGAAGCCAUUUGAAGUUCCCUUCCUGAAAUUUUAGGCCAAAGAGAACACUGGCCAUGUUUUUGUAAAUGAGACUACCAGGCCUUCAUCACAAAGACUGUAUUCAACUUAAUGUAGAUUUGAAAUUAGCUUUUUGAUAAAAUAAAAGAGCACAGAAUGCA